GAUCUGUCUCGUUCUCUACUGUAUGCCUUCAGUUUAAGUGUUUAGAAAUACGCUAGUCCUCUUCACGGCGGCUCGUUGUAAAAACCCUACUCAAAUCUGCGGUGGUUUUCAUUUUCAUUUCUUUAUACACAGUUUAAUUCUAGAGGCAGGCCGUGGUGGGAGUUCUGUUCCCCUUUUACUGUCUUCUGAAAGAGGGUUCUGUUUCUCUUUGGUAUUUAUCUCUGUACUAAUUUUUGACGUGCAAACCAGGAUGGAGGAUUGGGAGGACGAGGCAGUAGUUGCACCAAUCCUUAAAAAAGAAGAACCUAAAAAGAAUUGGGAUGACGAAGAUUUAGAAGAUGAUGAAGUGAAGGAAUCUUGGGAAGAUGAUGAUGAACCUGCUCCGGUAGUUGCACCACAACCUCCUGCAGAGAAAGUUCCCAAGAAAUCUGUGACUAAAGUGAGUGAAAAUAAAGGAACAACAUCCAAAGUAGAAACCCAAGAAGUCUUGGAUCCUGUUGCAGAGAAGCUUCGACAACAACGGCUUGUGGAAGAAGCUGAUUAUAAAUCCACGAAGGAAUUGUUCGGUAAGAAAGGCGAAGAUAAGUCCAUUGACACUUUCAUUCCCAAAUCUGAGAGCGAUUUCUUGGAGUAUGCAGAGCUUCUCUCUCAUAAACUUCGUCCGCAUGAGAAAAGCUUCCACUAUAUGGGCCUACUCAAGGCUGUAAUGAGAUUAUCUUUGACGUCACUGAAAGCAGCUGAUGCAAAAGAGGUGGCUUCUUCCAUUACAGCGAUUGCAAAUGAAAAACUGAAGGCAGAGAAAGAAGCCAAUGCUGGUAAAAAGAAAACAGCUGCAAAGAAGAAGCAACUUCAUGUUGGCAGACCAGAUGAUGAAGCCGUGGUGACUACGUAUGAUGCCCUUGACGAUUAUGAUUUUAUGUGAGUACCUCCUAGUAAUCCUAAACCUUUUCCCCCUUGGUGUUAUCAACUUUGUAGACUAGUCAUCCUGCACCGCUGACGUAAAAAGUAAAAGGGAUAUGACUAAAUUGGUCUUUGUCUAAUUUUCAAACGGGGAGACUGUUAAUUGUUUGAUUUGAUUUGAUGUGACAUUUUUUGUUGAAUAAGAUGAUAUUUAGUUUCUCAUUGCUUGAUUCCAAGUAUUACCUUGCC